AAGCAGCUGCUGUAUGAGGAAGUGAAACAGUUGCUGUAUGAGGAAGUGUACUGUAAGAGCUUCAUAUAGCUUAAUGAGGCUUAACAGACACUAACGUCCCAGUGUUAUAAAGGGUAGUAUUACACAUCAGAGGGACCGUUUCUUCAAAGUCAUUGCUUUGCUUCUGAAGUUAAAGUGGGUUCUGUGAGAUGAAGGCGUUGACUUUGCAGCAGAAAAACAUGGCCCAAGGAGAGCAGCAGCAGCAGGCCACAUGUGGGAGAAGUCUGUCUUCUAACUAUGUUCCUCCAAGUCUGGAGAAUAAGUUCUUAGGUCAGACCUCCUUGCUGAAGUCCCAGGCCUGCUCUCCACUCAUAAAAUUUGCAACACAACCUCCCUCCUGCUCCUCUCUCCAGCCUUCCAGCCUCUGUUCCACCUCAUCCUCCCUUCUCUCUGCCUCUUCCUUAUCACCUUCCCUCACCACUUCCCUCCUCAGUACUGAGAAUAAGCUCCUAACUAGCCAGUCACCUCUUUUCUCUUCUUCCUUGACCUCUUCUGUUUCUAAAGAGUCUCUGCUUUCCACAUCCCUGCCCAGCUCUGUUCUGCUCAAUCGCUUUGCUCUUCCUCCUUCAUUCAUCCCUCAUGGUCUGGGUGGAGAACAGAAGAGGGAUGAUGGAGGGGGUGAAGGCACAGAGAAAACACUGGAAAUGAUGCAGCCCUCUUUUGAAGACACAAGUAUGCAGCAUUCUGGGGAAGAUGAUGGUUUUCCUGAAGAGGAGAGGGAGGUGGAGGAUGCUGGCUCGACUGUGGAAGUACCUGUCCUGGAAAUGGAGUCGGACAACCAAGAACUUGAACAAACUAUGACCAUCGGAUGGGAGGAAUUUGCUGAGAUUGACAGAGAAAAUGAAAAAACUGAAGAGGAGUUGAAGGAUAAAAAGUAUCACCUGCUGAAUGCAGUGUGUUGCUCCCUGGUCAAUAAGAGCACAUCUCCAGGCCAGAGUGACUGGGAUUCAGAGACGAGUGUUUGGACCAGGAUCAAAGACCUGGCAAAGGACAUUUCUGUCUAUGACCCACAGUUUCUUCUCAAGGUGGCAGUUUACACUCGACAGGAGUUGAACAUCCGCAUCACAGCAAACUUCUUAUUGGCUCUGGCUGCCAGUCAGCCCGCCACCAAGCCUCCUGUGCAUAGAUGA